AUGAUGCGCCUCGUCGCCUCGGCGGCCCUCGCGGCGGCCGCCGCGGCGACGUGCGCGCCGCCGGGCGGCAACCGUACGCCCGGCGUGCUCGUCUACGUCGUCGGCGCCGCGCGAACGCUGGCGGCGGAGGUCGACGACCUCGCGCGGCUCUUCUGCGAGGACGCGGCCUGGGCCGGCGGGCGCUACGUCGUGCCGCUCCUGCACACCUGGGCGAGAUCGAGCUGCGACGGCUCCGACAUCGCCGUCCCGCGGCCGUUCUUCGCCGCGGGCCUGUCGAAUUUCACGAUGGACGACGUCGACGGGCCGCUGCAGCGCCUGGUGUCGCGGGAGCCGCCGCACUCGCCGGAGCGGACGCGCGCGUCGGCGUUCGUCGGGCAGCUCUUCCACAUCUACAACCUGAACCGGCGCGCCGACGCGCUCCUGCGGGGCGCGGGCCUCCCGGAGGCGCCGGGCGACGCGCUCGUCGUCCGCUGGCGCACGGACACGACCGUCGCGGACCGGGGCGCGCUCGGCGUCUUCCUCACGGACUGCGCGCGGUUGCUCCCGGACGUGCCCGGCGGCGUCUGCAUCCUGCCCACGGGGAAGACGAAGCUCAUCCCCCCGCGGUGCUUGGAUCGACGGACGUCGCCCGGAGGCGUGGACUACGAGACGGCGACGUGCUGCCACCCCGAGGGCCGCGGAAUCCUCUCCGACUGGGCGUUCCUGACGACGAAGCGGGUCCUCGACGCCAUGGACGGCCACGCGGCGCCGCUCCAGGUCUUCGCGGGCGAGGACCGCGCGGAGCACCGCCUCUGCGAGACGCUUCUAGCGCGCGGCGGCGGCCGAUCGCUCGUCUGGCCGCGGUCCGCGGACGCGGCCGCCGCGCAUGUGGGGCUCACGCUGCCCGCUUUCACGCUGUUGCGCACUGCGACCAUGGGCGGCCGCGGCGCCCCGCGCGAGGCGAGCGCCGACGAGGCGCGCGUGCUCGCGGCCGUCGAGGGCGAGCUGAACCGGAGCUUCGACGAGGCGUCGGACCUGCCGCUGCUCAAGCGGCUCUGGGUCGCGGCCCAGGGCGACGAGGCCGUGCCCUUCGAGCGGACCGGGGAGGCCUGGACCCAGUUCGGGUUCCAGCAGGAGGAUCCCAUCUCGGACCUGCGGGGCGGCGGCGUCCUGGGCCUGGCGAACCUCGUGGCGUUCCUCGAGCGGUCCCCCUUCUUCGCGCGGCCCAUCAUGGCGAGCCGGCGGCCCGCGGCGGCGGCGUUCGACCCCGAGCAGCCGGGCUUCUACCCCUUCGCCUGCGCGGGCAUCAACGUGACGCUCGCGCUCUGCGAGUUCGCGGGCCUGCGGGGCCCCGGCGGCGCGCCCAAGCCCGCGGCGCGGCCCGAGCUGAGCUUCUGGCCGCUCCUCGCGGGCGACGGCGCCGCGUGGGACGCGGCCUACGCGGUGGGCUUCCGGUUGCUCGACCGGUCCUUCGACUCGAAGCGGGCGUCCUACAUGGACUUCAACGCCGUGCGCAAGGAGGCCGUCGCCGACCUCCGGGCCGCGCUCGAGCGCGCGGCCGGCGACGGGCCCGCGGCGCGCUACGUGCGCGGGGCCGUGGACCCGCGGCCCCCCUGCGGCCACGACGGUUUGGCCAAGGGCCUGAAGCUGGCCCCCCACGGCUGGGGCGCGACCGCGCCGGCGCGGAGCGGCGCCCUCGAGAAGCUGCCCGUGUCCGGCCUCGUGACGUCGCGGAAGGUGUCGAAAUGGAAGCGGCGCCACUUCGUGCUCCGGGGCGACGUCGUCGCCUGGUUCAAGCCCGUCGGCGACCGGCCCGGCGUCCAGGCGUCGCCCGCGGCGGCCAAGGCCGACGCCGCCGCCUGGGCCAAGGCCGAGGUCCACGGCGAGCUCACGAACGCGACGCGGCUCACGGCCGACUCGGGCAUCCGGCCCGGCGCGGACGCGACGGCCUUCAAGGUCGAGCGCUGCGCCAACUUCGACGGCUCCAAGGGCAAGCUCCGGCUCAAGGCGUCGAGCGCCAACGAGGCCCGGGCCUGGAUGGCCGCCAUCGAGAAGGCCAUCGCCGCCGCGCCGCCGGCGUCGCCCGAGGCGCGCCGCGGCGCCGCGCCGCCGCCGGCCCGCCCCGGCGCGGGCGACGACUUCGACGCCGACGACGACGACGCGCCGGGCCGGCGCCUGCGCAGCGGGAGCCGCAGCUCGGGCGCGCGGCCGAGCACGUCCGCGGGCGAGUCGUCGCCCGCGUCGCCGCCGUCGCCGGCGACGCCCGGCGCGCCGCCCCCCGCGCGGCCGCCGUCGGACCGGGACCUCAUGGCCGAGAACGCCGUGGCCCUCGGGCGCACGGCCCUCGAGGACGCCCCGCCGCCGCCGCCGGCCGGCGCCGCGGGGCCGGAGUGGAUCUCGUGCGCGGACGACCGGGCGCGCGUCUACUUCGUGCACCGGCCGACGGGCGCGACGCAGUGGGACCUGCCGCCGGGCUGGGCCUCGUCGUCCUCGGGCUGGGCCGCGCGCGUCGACGCCCGCUCCGGCCACACGUACUACUUCUUCCCGCCCACGGGCGAGACCACCCCGCGCGUGCUCCCGCCGCUGGACAUCGCCCGGACGCCGCCGGCGCCGACGCCCGUGGCCGACGAGGCGCCGCCGGAGCCCGAGGCCUCCGCGACCGAGGCGCCGCCGGUGACGUCGGAGCCGACGAAGGAGGCGCCCGCGGCGCCGGAUGCGGUCAAGGAUCCGGUGGCCGACCCCGCCAAGACCGUCGUCGCCAAGGCGGAGGCGAAGAGCCCGCGCCAGAAGCUCACGUACUACCAGACCUUCGGCCCCGUCCUGGGCUUCUGGAUGCCGUUCACCUUCUCCGGUCGGAUCUACUCCUGGGACGACGCGGGCUACUCCUGCGAGUACACGGACAGCACCAUGUCGGCCAUGGCCGGCAACGGCCUGAUCUCGUCGUCCGACAAGGGCUGCUGGCUCCUGACGGAGUACUUCGACCUGUACGACGAGCAGUUCCCGGAGGUCGGGCCGAACCGCGACUGCAACAACCUCGUCGCGCGCGACGAGUGCACGGACGUCAUGUGCACGAACUGGGGCACCUUCGACUACAUCGACGCCUACGGCAUGUGCCCCCACGAGUGCGGCAUCUGCAUGGACCAGGCCCAGUCCUGCGCGUCGUCGACGCUGACCGACGACCCGGACUGGGAGUCGUCCUACGGCGACUGCAAGACCUACCAGCCCGGCGAGGACAACGAGGGCUACUGCGCCGACGACGGCGCCUGCUCCAUCUGCGCCUGCUCCUGCGAGGCCGACGCGGGCUGCUAG